UCACCCGGUUGCCCCUCGCUCCGCCGGUGGCCGGAUAGCUGCAGGAGGAAGAGGUCCAUUCACUUCCGAUCGAGCCCGCCGGCUGGUAAGAGGUCGCCAGAAGCCGGCAUGGAGACCGGAACCACCCCCUGGUCCACGGGCCUGUUCGACUGCGCCGAGGACCACGGAGUAUGCUUGCUGGGGUGGUGCUGCCCGUGCAUCGUGGUGGGUCGGGUGGCGGAGAUCCUGGACAAGGGGGCGACGUCGAGUGGCUCUGCCGCAUGCCUGUAUGUGGUAAUUGGGGUGCUGACGGCGUGGGAGUGCCAGUGGAUCUACUCCUGCGUCAACCGCACCAAGAUGCGCGCCCAGUACGGGCUCCAGGAGAAUCCCUGCCCAGACUGCUGCGUCCACUUCUGGCUCGAGUCCUGCGCCAUCUGCCAGGAGUACCGCGAGCUCCGCAACCGGGGCUUCGUCAUGGACAUCGGGUGGGAGGCCAACUUGGAGCUCCAGAAGCAGCAGGGCCGCGUCGAAGGCUCCACCGUGCCGCCCGCCAUGCAGCACAUGAUAUAAGAGACACGUUCAUCAUUGGUCGGUAUAUAUAUAUAUAUAUAUAUAUUGGUGGUGCUAGCUAGCUUAGCUAUUACCUGUUGGAUUGGAUCCGUGCUUAGUCUUUGCAGAUAGCAAAUCACAUAUGGCCGUAUGCAUCAUUCGAUGCAGAGGCCGGGGCUCGACCUCCUUUUCUAAAAAAAGAUAGCAAAUCACAACGGUUGUGCUUGGUUUACUUCAUCCAUUUAAUAGGCAGGCAUCCUUGUUACUCCUACAAGGUUUCAGGUUUUCAUGCUUCUAAGUGUUAACCAUCAUGUACUAUCAUUCACAGUGACGUAUGAUGUAAAUUUUGUGUUGCAUCCAUCUUUAAUUCACCACGUUGCUUGGGUAGGAAUAUAAGAGUCGGUAUUUAAGAGGGGAUUGGGACGAGAACAUAUACUAGCCUAAUUGUAGUCCUGCAUGGAC